CGGAACUAAUAGGUUUCACAUUUUUAACUGAUUUACUGAAAUAAAGUCACUUUUUAAUGAGAUUUUAUAUAUAUUUGUUUGGCUGCACAUGUAUAAUAAAGCUGUAGUGUGGAAAUGCGGGGUUUGAGACGCAGCCUGGGCUUUUAUUUAAGAACGGCGCAGUUUCCGCUCUCCGCCGCUGAGUGUCCUGUAUCUGCCUUCACUACCGAAUACAGCGCUCAUUCUGAGGCUCAGAGACCUUUAUUAAACUCUCUCUUCAGUGGCAUGUUUUCUAAAACUCAGAAUGGAGAAUGGAACGGGAGUUUACUACCAAGCAAUGCCGGCUGUUGGACCUGAUGGGAAAAAUGUGAUGAAGUUGAUACCAGUUCAGAAAGUGAAUGGGAAAUUUGUUCAGACACACGUCAUUUCUGCUAGGACUGACCAUCAACCUCAAGUUCAUCAUCAUCCUACUCUCUUAUCUCCUGUGUCUUUACCACAUAAUAACCUCCCAACACUUCAGCCAACAGCAGAUGGACGCUUCAUUUUGAAAAUGCCUCCGGACAGCAACACUUUAUUGAACCCUUUGAAAAGUCAACUGCAGGGAACUAAUGACUUAUUAAAAAACACUUUAAAUCAGGUACGUCCCCCACUAGUCGCUCCAACACUGACACAACAUGCUUUGCAGUUACCCCUGCAGAGUAAUAGCAAACCUGUUACUGUGAUAAGCAGCCCACAACAACCUGUGUCUGGUAAAUCGCCCAUUUUUUCCAGUGGACAUUACCUUCAGAUCCCUCCUAAUGCCACCGUAAGGACUCUCCCUGCCUCUGCACUUCCACAGUCCAUCAAAAGCCAAAUUUGUACCUCUUUAAAUGCACCAAACAACUCUGCAAAUGGAUUAUCAACAGUUCUGUACGUAUCUCCAGUCAAUUCCUUGAAACUAGGUCCCAGUCAGCAGGUACCUGGUUUAAUGAAAGAGACUGUAACCACUCAGAGCUCGACUCCAAUGCCUACCAUAAGCUCUGUGAAAUCUCUGAAUGUGACUUCUACAUCAGGUCCCAAGCCUGAUGAAGGAGCCAGCACCCCAAUGAGGUGGGUGGUCCAAGAAGGGACAGGAAGCACUGCGCCAUUCCUUAUACCGGUCACUUCACCUAGCAUGACAACGGACAUCAUUAAAGCAGUCAAACAAAUGGAAACAGAGAAACAAAUGAAUCAAGGUACAGCAGGAAAACGCGCAUCUACUUCUUCUACUGCCAUUCAGGAAAAGAUCAGUCCAGGAAAGGACAGUGCCCUUGUAAUGUGCAAUGGAAAGGUCUACUUUGUGGCUAAAAAAAGUUCUGAGAACACCAAGGACGUGAUCUCUGGAGCAGGAAGCAAUCUGAACGUCAGAAAUUUUGUCCAGCCCCCCAGUGUCUCAAAUACAGUUCCAAAGCAAGACUCUGUACAAACUCCAUCCAGUAAAAAUCCAAAUGAAAUUAUUGACCUGUGUGAUGACGAAGAAGAGAGCUCACCAAGCACAGCUUUAAGUACAUUAUCUGUACCUAAUGAAAAUGCAAGUGAGAAUGACGAAGACUCCAAUGUCAUAUUUGUGUCAUACAUCCCACCAAAAUCAGAAACUGACACCAGCACAAAAGCUGCAGACACAUCUUCACAGCACAAUUCUGAGAAAGAUAAAGCCAGCCCUGAUUGUGAUACACGGAACAUUACAAACAGCCCUGUCAUUGACCUUGACGUCAGCAGAUGUGAAGAUCAUGCAGCUGCUGAUAAACGAGUGAACGGAGGGGGAGCUGUGUCAGAACAGUUAGAGGAAGUCUGCAAGGAAGUCAUCGAAACGAUUUCAGUGGACUCAGGUAUCCAGUUCAAUGAAAUGUCCUGGGAAGAACCAGCUUUGGAAGAAGUACAGCAACAAAAGAGUGAUUCUGAGCUCAGAAAGAUUUUUGGGAUUAUGUCUGAUGUACGAAUUUGCCUGCAGAAGCUAAAGGAAGCUAAAGCGGCAAGUCCACAACCAGAAAGAAGGACCGUUAACAAACGCACUUUAGAGGGCAUCCGGAAACUGAUUCAGGACUCACAGAUACAGCAAAAAGUCAAAAAGCUGAUGGAUGCACAGGUACAGGUACCCAAAGGAAAAAAUGGCCCAGAAGAUGCCAAAAGAAAACGGCUGGCAGGGCCUGAACAGAAGACAUGCUUGGACACCUCUGUAUCCAAGGAUGUAGUAAAAGGUCACAAUGAGAUGCAGAGCAUGUCCACAGAUGCCUGUACAGACAGCAAAGUGUUGCUGUAUUGUCAGGGCUCAGAUGAGGAAACUCCCACUGAAAAUCUCAUUGAGCCACUCUGUUCUUCCUCAUCUUCAUUUCAGUCUCAACAAACUCAAACUGGAACAUGUGGUACUAACGGGAAAGCUUGUAUGGCUGUAUCAAGGAGGACUCCAGCUCGACAGAGUAAAGGGAAUGGGAGAGUGUGCACGGCAUGUCCUUGUGGAACUAAGGUUGGAGCAAUUGCUGCAAUUUCACCAUUUAAAUCUCUUGAAAAGCCAAAUAGGCCUGCUGUCAUUGACCCACCUAAACAGGCGAGUGUUUUAACAGGGUCAAACAGAGAUUGCAAAAAUGUUGGGAAGGUACUCAACAAGCCAGUUACAAGCCCACCAAAAAGCAGUGUGGCAUCUGGGAAGUCUGGAGACGAAAAGUUACAUAGCACUGAAUUGCACACAAAGCCCGCUAAAGGUCUGAAUCCUUCGUCUUUGUCCAUGCAACAUGAUGUUAGUCACUCAAGCUCCAGCUCAGUUAGUUCAGAAGAAGCUGCAAGCAGCAGCACCAGCAGCAACAACACUUUCAUUGAAUUGUACUCUUCUGUAAUGCUGGACCCUGAGGAAUUAAAGCGCCAGGAGCGAAUCAAACGCCUCAAAGUCCUUCUGAAGGAAAAAGAAGCAGCCCUGGAGAAGUUGCGGCAGAGCAUGUGAAAAAGCUUCACACAUCUGAAUUUAUCUUUGGUGGCUUGAUCUUGAUUGGAAAAGCCAUCAACUCGUGAGGCAGCUCUCAGUUUAUAUGAAAAAAAAAAAAAAAAAAGAAAUCUUGUUCUUCAUUCUAUGUAAAAUAUAUAAAUACUUUUUAAUUUGUUUAUUUCCAAUAUGCAAUUUCAUUGUCUAGUGCAUUGUGUAUUUUUAAGUUUGUAUUUAAUGCUUUUGUUUGUCAUUUUUGUUGUAGUGUCAGUCAGUCAGUCAGAUUGCCAGACCUAGGUCAAGACCUGCACUUAAAGAAAUUCAAUUCAGUCCACAAAUAGGCUUAAAUUAAAAGAAGUGGACUGAUCUACUUUAUUUAAGUAUUGUAAAGUAUUCUUUAGGGAUCUCGAGUUCUAAUAUUUCUUAAUAUUUAGCAAUGGUUACUUAAGACCUAUGUGAAAUAAAAAAUAAAAUGAUAUUUUCAAAUAUGUCAGUUUUGAUAAUACCACUUUAACCUGCCCUUCAACACUUAUCUAUUGAGAACUGUAAUCUGCAGUUUCAGACGUUCAUUUAAUAAAUGAAAAAAUGUACCUUUUUCGAAGGUUUUUUCGUACAUCCGCACCCAUGUUGUCCAUGAAUUUACAUGCUCUCACUGCCCAUGUCUACAGAAUUCAUAGCCACCUGAACUCUUCUUGCCAGUCAUCAUCUCUACUGUCCAUGUUUCUCAGUUUCAAGAUAUCAGAAAUUUUCCAGUGCUUAUGGCCAUUUUUUGGUAUAUAUUAUUUAGUAAUGUUAUUUAUUUGGCUGAUCAUUAAAAAUGUUUUUUUGCCAUUGUUGCUCAAAAAAAGUUAUGAUUGAACAUAUGUAAUUUAUGUGUGUUUUAUUGUUGUGGGUACCAAAACAGUUGGUUCUUACACUGUUGUCACAACUAGGUUAGUGAGCACUGGUUACAAGUGUGUCCAAAAUUUGCACUUCUUCAUAUCUGUCAGUAGGGGGUGGUCUCAGACGGAGUUUUAAUGCCUGGAGGCAGAAACUAACACCUCAUCAAAAUGUAUUGGCUCUGUAGUCAAUACUGAGCACUGGGAAACUGGUGCUUGUCAAAAGUAUGUGAUGUCAAAAAUACAAGGGAAAUCUAAUGGGUGAAAAGUAGGAAUUCAAGGAAAUAAGAAGAAAAAAGUUUAAAGUCACUUUAAAAACAAAAAGAAACCCCUCAACUCUGGAUUGUUAAAAUAAACAAGCUCUACGAAAUACACAGUAAUUAGUAAACAAAGCACUAGUCAUAUGAAUACAUUGAUUACUGCAAUAUUUAGCUGCAGUAGUGUAGUAGUCUAUGUAUAUAUAUUGCACCUCUGUUAAAAGUGAAGCUGAAAAAAAGCGCCGUCCACUUAAAGAUUUUUGGAUGUGGAUUAAGGUGGCUUUUCUCCAUGACCCAGAUGACAUGCCAGGGUGUGGUGUAUGUAGGUUUUAAUUUGGCCCAGCAAAUGAAUGAUACUGAUGUGGGGAAGAGGGGUUAAAUAUGCCCUAUGUCCCCAUCUUGGUUGUUCGCUGUACACAGGGCUUAGAUGGGAGCUUAUGCCCACCUAGAACCCACCUAGCCCACAUUCAUCCAGUUUGAGCCUAACAUGAUAAAGUUGAUUGGGUUAUUUAUAAAAUCAGGAUAAUCUCAAUAAAUAUAACUGUUUUUCAGA